UCUUCUCGACCAAUCCACUCAGCCGUUGCUUGCCCUCCCAAUCUAGUCGUAGCCGCAGUCGUCGCCGUCGGUCGCAAUGAAGUUCAACCCGAGGGUUUCGAGUUCCCGAAGGAAGUGCCGGAAGGCCCAUUUCACGGCCCCGUCCAGCGUCCGGCGGGUGCUCAUGAGCGCGCCGCUCUCUACCGAUCUAAGGAACAAGUACAGCGUGCGGUCCGUCCCGGUGCGCAAGGACGACGAGGUGCAAGUGGUGCGCGGCACCUACAAGGGCCGCGAGGGCAAGGUCGUGCAGGUCUACCGCCGGAAGUGGGUCAUCCACGUCGAGCGCAUCACCCGCGAGAAGGUGAACGGGUCUACCGUCAACGUCGGCAUCAACCCCUCCAAGGUGCUCAUCACCAAGCUCAAACUCGACAAGGACCGCAAGGCCCUUCUCGAUCGCAAAGCUCGUGGCCGCGCGGCUGACAAGUCCAAGGGCAAGUUCACGGCAGAUGAGGUUGCUGCCGGCGGUGCUCCUUCUCUCCAGGAGAUCGACUGAUCUCGCCCAUCUUGAUCGGUCUUCCCCCUCUUGCAUAUCUACAUUUUUCUGCUGCAUUUUCUUUCGAUGUCUUGAUAUCUAGGAUGAUUUUUGGAUUUGAGAUUCUAUGAAGCUCUAAACUUAUCUUGUUUAAGCUAGCGCCUUUGCUACUUUCUUCCUAAGAUUUUGUUUGAUUCUAGAUAUGUUAAUUUGUGCGAUUCUCCUCUUUCA